AACUCUAUGUUUUGCCUUACAUAUAUUAUAUUGGCAUAAAUAUAUUGAGACGCCACAGUCAGAACACCAAUAUCCUUAAACCUUUCCCUUAGGGAGACUCUAGUACCUAGUCGGUAUAUAGCACGGAUAGCACGCUUCUGUAACACGAAGACAUUUUCUAUGUCGGCAGCAUUGCCCCACAUAAGAAUUCCGUAAGACAUAACACUGUGGAAAUAACUGAAGUACACUAAACGCGCCGUGGCUACAUCGGUGAGAGCUCUUACCUUUCUGACAGCGUACGCAGCAGAGCUUAGUCUAUUCGUGAGGCCAGUUAUAUGCUCACCCCAUUGAAUUUUGGAGUCUACAGUUAUUCCUAGAAAAGUGGUAGCUUGGACCGUUUCAAUUUCCUCGUUGUUUAAAACUACACUGGGGCCGAGAUUUUUCACGUUUGGCAAAGCAAAUUUUAUACAUUUGGUUUUCUUCGCAUUCAAAACCAAAUUAUUGGCUGUGAACCAGUGCGUUACUAACGACAGACACGAAUUCACGUCAUCAAAAUCUACUCUAUUCCUAUCAACUUUAAAAAUUAGAGACGUGUCAUCAGCAAACAAUACUACAUCACACAAUGAUUUUAAAUAAUAUGGCAAGUCAUUAAUGUACACAAGAAAUAAAAAUGGCCCUAGAAUCGAGCCUUGCGGUACGCCCAAACAAACGGGUAGAUUGGAAGAUUUGACACCAUUAACGUCAACACAUUGCAUUCUGCCGCUUAAAUAUGAGCUAAUAACACUAAGGGCUGAUUUUUCAAGAGCCAGAUAAAACGUCAAGUAGCUAACUGAUCAAUAACUUUAUCUGAUUCUUUAACGAACCAAUAAAGAGUUUCAAUUUUUCAAAGCAUAGUUACCAGUCAGUUUACUACCUGACCUUUUUUUGUGACUAGCUUCACACUACAUCUGUGUGAGCGAGACGCGCUUAUGAACAUUUACAGAUCUAAGAAAGAGACAAACAAUUUUCAACUUAAUGACAGCGGUUGUCACAUUUUAGAGGGAAUCAUAACAUAACCUUAAACUUUGACGACUCGUCUUCGUGUUAAUAUUUAUUUUCCGUUCGAAUUUAUUGUUUGCUUUUUGUGUGUUGUGUGUAAUCAUGGAAAAUAUCGUAAAACGUGAACGUUCCACGAAUUUUAACAAAAGCGAAAUAAGAUUAUUGACUGAAUUGGUGGCAAAACACCGUACUAUAAUUGAAAAUAAGCAGACAGACGCCGUAACCAAUAAAGAAAAGGAAGCAGCGUGGAUAAAAAUCAGUUCAUUAUUUAAUGCGGCUACGGGAUUUACAGCGAGGAGUACCAAGAGCCUGAAGCUUAAAUAUGAAGGCAUAAAAAAGGAAACCAAAAAAACAUUGGCCAAACAUCGGCAAGAGCUGUACAAAACUGGUGGCGGGCCCUCUUCAGCCCCAGAGGUUACAGAUAUACAGGAGAGGGUUAUCGCGAUAUGUUCGAAUAUCAAUGGGCUGGAUGCUCGAAAUGACAGCGACAAAAUUCCAGAACCUUUAGAACUGGAAGAGACUGCUAAAGUUGACCCGCUAUCGUUGCCACUGCAAUCAUUAGAAAAUAAUUUAGUAAUUGUACCAUGUGAUGACGAUAUUCCGUGUACUUUAGAUCAAGAAGAGUUUUGCCCGCAACAGGAUUUAAAGGAGAAAGUUAACAGUGAAAUUGGAAAUGACAAGGCCUUUGAUGACUUUCAAUCUAUAGAGAUACAGGAUAUGGAAGUGGAUCAAACUGAAAAAGAGAAUAAGUGGUCUUCAUGGAAGCCAAAGGCUUUAAAAACUAAGAUUAGUCCAUACUUGAAAAGUAAUCAAAAAAUUACUAAAGUUGGAGUGACUGCAAAACUGGACCAUUUAACUGAAUCUCGCUUAGAGCUAGUGAAGCUCAGAAGGAAAUUGCCAUAAAAGAGCAUGAGUUUGUCAAACAGGCACACUUAUUAAAAAUGCAGAACCUGCAUAAUGAUGAAAGAAGGAAGCAGGAAAUGCAUGAAGUACUAUUAAGUAAGCUCCGUACUGGUGUAAAUUAUGGAACAAGUCCUUUAGAAAUAAUAAAUAAAGAUUUAUAAAAUGUU